AGCAGCCACGACAGCUUUUCGGGUUCAAUUCGAACAUGAGAUGAGCCUAUCAUUGAUAAUCGCGUUUGGAUGAGCCCAUCUAUCUAUUCAAGAAUAUAAAUUUACGUCCGUGUUACAGCUUUGCCCCCAGUAGAUAUCUCCGCCAAAAUUACUCCAGCAACUGCUGCUUUCACGCAGCUAUGCAUGUCCGUCCGUGAAGCUUUGCCAAUCGUCAGGUCAAGUAUUGCUUCGAUGAACUGCUGCCCAGAUGCCCUCAUCCUCGACCUGUUUUGCCUACAACGCUCAAAGCCUUGAGCAGCCAAAGGCAUUCUACCUUCUACUUUUUGUAUUACAUAUUCAGGCUUGUUACAAACUGUUUAAUAUCAAAUUGGCCCAUUUUAUUAAUUUAAGGGAUGGCCAGGAGAAACAAAUUAGAACCCUGUUGUCCUGGAGAACAUUAUAGUCUAUAAAUUAAUAAAUCUAAUAUUUAUCAUGGAGAGGAAGAAAAGAAAUCCCCGGUGUUGUCAAAAGAAAUAUGAACGUCGACGGAGCAAUAAUAAUAAGGUGAAAAGGACCAUUAAAGAUGCAAAACCGUUUGGUGAGAAAGACGAAAGAAAAUCCAGUUGACAAAGGCAAACCGUGGAAAAAUGGUCAAAAAACACACUUAAGGACAAUGCUAAAUAUAACAGCAUUAUUGUAAAAUUGAACCACAACAAUUCAAUAAGUAUUAGUUGAGAUGCUGGUAAAGCAUCUGUUGAGGGGAAGCGAUCAUGAUCAUGUGAUUGAUCAACGCUUUAGAGUUGUCUCCAUCUGUGGGAUGGGGGGGUUGGGAAAGACAACUCUUGCCCAAAAGGUAUACAAUCACCCUAAAGUGAGGCGCUGCUUUGAUGGCAUUGCUUGGGUAUAUGUAUCACAAACUUGGCAAAAGGAAGACAUAUUGCAACGGAUCUUGCUAAGCCUAAUCCCAGAAAAGAGAGAAGAAAUAGUGAAGUGGAGGGAUGAGGAGCUCGUCAGGCAACUUUUUCAAAUCCAGCAAAAUAAGAAAUGUCUUGUGGUUCUUGACGACAUUUGGGCCACAGAACCAUGGGAAUGUAUAAAGCAAGCAUUUCCAAUUAGAAACGACGGAAGCAAGAUCUUGGUUACCUCUCGCAAUAAAGAUGUGGCUUUGCAUAUUGAUCCCAGUGGUUUUCACCACCAACCGCGCUUUUCAAGUGACUCCGAAAGUUGGCAGCUGCUUCAGAGGAAAGCUUUACGGGGCAGGUUUCAUGGAGAGCAUGAAGAUUUAAAAAAAUUGGAAAACUUAGGGAAGGAAAUGGUGAAAGCAUGUGGGGGUCUUCCAUUGGCUGUGAUAGUACUCAGCGGAACUCUUGCCACCAAGAAGGACCUGAAUGAGUGGGCGACUGUCAAUAGAAACAUUAAAGCUCAUCUUGGAAGAGGAAACAACUUGAUCAACGAAGAAGGAAAUCUGCACAAGAUAUUAGCCUUAAGCUACAAUGACUUGCCCUACAAAUUGAAGCCUUGCUUCCUUUACUUGAGCAGAUAUGAAGAAGACUCUGACAUAGAAACAGAGGCAUUGUACCAGUUAUGGAUUGCAGAAGGUAUAAUAUCAACAAAAGAUCAGAUUGGCGAAGAAUCAAUGAUGGAUGUAGCAGAAAGAUACCUGGGAGAAUUAGUAACACGGUGCAUGGUUCAAGGUAAAGCCCCUGAUGAUGAUGAUGAUGUGAUGCUGUCCUCCAUUGGAAGAUCAUUUGCAUCGUGUCGCCUUCAUGACUUAAUGAGAGACCUAAGUUUGGUCAAGGCCAAAGAGGAGAAUUUCUUGUUAUCCAUAAGCUAUUAUCAUGAUGGAAUUCUCAAUGAGCAUGGCAAUAAUGAUCACUCACAAGUUUACCGUCUAGCCGUCCAUUUUUCUAAGGAGGAUGUUAGGAAAUAUGUCCCUCCAGCUGAGAAGAGAAAUACGAGGCACCUGAGGUCACUCGCGUUGUUGAUCUCAGGUAAUGAAGACUAUGAAGGGCAUCUUCCUAAGAAAAUGAAGUCUCAAUUCAAUCGGUUCAAAAUGCUCAGAGUGUUGGCCAUUGAAGGGCUCUUUCCUGCGAACUCGGAAGAUCACAUACUUAAAACUGUAUUUCUCCUAGUAGCAGAUCACUUGAGGCUCCCAACAGCUAUUGGGGAGCUAAUCCACCUGCGAUACUUGAGUUUGAGACGUUCAAAUACCCAAUGUGCUGUGGAAGAUGAGACAGCUUAG